AUGGCCAACUCCUUCAAGCGCUUCCUCACCCUGUUCGGCUACAAGCUGGACCGCAAGUGGGGCGACCUCAAAGCGCGCGUCAGGGAGAAGGCGGAGCGCUCCAACAGCCCGUCCUGGAGCUCGGUUCGUGCCCCGCUCGACAACAUCUGCAAGCGCAAGAAGAACGGCUUCGGCAAGCUGGACGACCGCAAGGUGCCACAAGAACUGCCGGCUUUCGGAGCCUACUGUCACUACUGA